UUUUCUUCUACUUAUUUAUUCACAUCACACACACACACUAACUCCUAUAAAAGGAAGAAACCACCUUAGAUCUUUUCCUCAUUCCUCACUUUCAGCCGCCAAAAAGAAAAUCAAUACUCCAACAUUAAAAAAACAUCCCAAACACGACCCGAGCGGUCUUCAAAUGGGCACAGCGGACUACACAUUCCCUCGAGGAGCGGAGGAGCCACACCGCCGCCGCCACCACACGGUGGAGGUUCCACUGCCUCAGCCGUUCUUGAAGUCACUUCAGUACUCAGUGAAGGAAACUCUGUUUCCAGACGACCCUUUUAGACAGUUCAAGAACCAGAAAACAUCGAGAAAAGUUGUAUUAGGCCUCAAGUACUUCUUGCCGAUCUGUGAAUGGGCUCCACGCUACAAUCUCAAGUUCUUGAAAUCGGAUCUCAUAGCCGGAAUCACCAUCGCCAGCCUUGCCAUCCCCCAGGGCAUCAGUUACGCCAAACUUGCUAACUUGCCUCCCAUCCUUGGCCUUUGUGGAAUCUCUUACAGAUUCCCAAAAAUAAUGAUAAAGCUGGCUAGAAAAGGGUUAGGGUUCUUAGUGGAUUUUCUAUCGCAUGCAACGAUAGUGGGAUUCAUGGGAGGAGCAGCGACGGUGGUGAGUCUGCAACAGCUUAAGGGUAUUUUCGGACUUAAACAUUUCACUGAGGCCACUGAUGUUAUCUCCGUCAUGCGUUCCGUUUUCUCCCAAACUCACCAGUGGAGAUGGGAGAGUGGCGUUCUCGGCUGUGGUUUCCUUUUCUUCCUUCUCUCCACCAAAUAUUUCAGCACGAAGAAACCAAAAUUCUUCUGGGUGGCGGCGAUGGCUCCUUUGACCUCAGUGAUACUCGGAAGCCUCUUGGUUUACUUCACUCACGCUGAGAGACAUGGUGUUCAAGUGAUAGGGAACUUGAAGAAAGGGUUGAAUCCACUGUCCAUGUCUGAUCUCGUCUUUACAUCGCCUUACAUGUCGAUAGCUGUCAAGACUGGCCUCAUCACUGGCAUCAUCGCUCUCGCUGAAGGAAUCGCUGUGGGAAGAAGCUUUGCAAUGUUCAAGAACUACAAUAUAGAUGGGAACAAAGAGAUGAUAGCAUUUGGAAUGAUGAACAUCGUUGGUUCACUCACAUCUUGUUACCUCACAACCGGACCAUUUUCGAGGUCGGCCGUGAACUUCAACGCGGGUUGCAAGACAGCAGUCUCGAACAUAGUGAUGGCGAUUGCAGUUAUGUUCACACUGCUCUUCCUCACGCCUCUUUUCUACUACACACCACUCGUGGUUCUCUCCUCCAUCAUUAUGGUCGCCAUGCUCGGACUCAUUGACUAUCAAGCUGCCAUUCAUCUCUGGAAAGUCGACAAAUUCGACUUUCUCGUUUGCAUGAGCGCCUACUUUGGGGUCGUAUUCGGUAGUGUUGAGAUCGGGCUCGUCGUUGCAGUGGCGAUAUCGAUAGCGAGGUUGUUGCUGUUUGUGUCGAGGCCGAGGACGGCGGUGAAGGGAAACAUACCAAACAGCAUGAUCUAUAGGAACACUGAGCAGUACCCUUACACAAGAACCGUUCCUGGUAUUCUCAUCUUGGAGAUCGAUGCUCCUAUCUACUUUGCCAACGCUGGUUACUUGCGUGAGAGAAUCACAAGGUGGAUUGAGGAAGAGGAAGAGAGAGUCAAAACAUCAGGAGAAAACAGUUUACAAUAUGUUAUACUCGAUAUGUCCGCUGUUGGUAAUAUCGACACGAGUGGUAUAAGCAUGAUGGAGGAAAUUAAGAAAAUCAUCGACAGAAGAGAGUUAAAGUUAGUAUUAGCAAAUCCAAAAGGAGAGGUCGUGAAGAAAUUAACCAGAUCCAAAUUCAUCGAUGAUAAUUUGGGCAAAGAAUGGAUGUUCUUAACAGUAGGAGAAGCCGUGGAAGCUUGUAGUUUCAUGCUUCACACGUUAAAAACCGAACCGGCCUCCAAAGAAGAGCCUUGGAACAACGUAUAGGAAAAAAACGUAAAAAGAAAAACGCAUUUUGGAAUAUUGUUGAUGAGUCACAUGUAAUAUGUUAACUCUAUUAAUUUUUCUCCUCAGACAGGGUCAAUGUAGUAUUGUUAUAAAUAUUUUGACGUUUAGCGAAAUAAAACAUUGAAGUCUAAAGAAGUUGGUUCUGAGUUUAACCGGAAGCAAAUUAAAC